AUGUCUUUGAACGCCCAAUAUUUAGCAUACCUUGCGAAGUAUCCCCUUUUGACCAAAUCAGUCACUGCAGCAGCCCUCUCUGGACUCAAUGAGACUCUUGCCUCCACUUUAGCAAAAGAUAUCAAGACUGUCAAGAUUGCUGGAAUCAAAGUGAAGCAUGUACUUUCUCCCAAAAUCGUCACCAUGAUGAUUUAUGGUGCAUUUAUUGUCACUCCUACCUCUCAUUAUCUUUAUGGGGUGUUGAACAGAAUCUUCAAGGGACCAAAUUUAACUCUCCCAAUGAAAAUAGCACAGAUUAUUACAUCUUUGUGUACUAUCACACCAACAUUACUGGCGCUUUUCACAUCUUGGAUAUCAUUGAUCAAUAAUUAUUCUCUUCCAUCUCAUAAACAAUUACAAAACUUACACCUUUCUGAUAUCAAGGAAGAACUCGGUAAGAUGGCUCAGAUCAUUUCCAUUGGAUUACAAAGAAACUACUUUGGAAUCUUAAAAUCAUCUGUGGUAACCUCAAUUUGUACCUUGACAAUUGCUCAGAAUUUCAUUAAACCAGAAUUAUGGGUGGUUUUCUUCAAUGUAGUAUAUUUUGUAUUAGGAACCAUUCAAAAUACAAAGAUUAAAUUAAGUGAAAAGAAGAUUGAGAAGAAGGAUGAAAAUAAGGAUGAGAAGAAAGAUGAGUAG